GCCCGGCUCCGCGGCGGCCUCAGCCAAACGUGAACCGGCCGCCGAACCCGAGGCCAACUGGGAGGCUGAGUUGGACGUAAAUAGGACGUCCCAGACAGUCUUGCCUGCGGCGCUGAGAAGACGGUGUGGCUCGGGAGAGGGUGGAGACGAAGACUGUGACGGGCUUCCCGGUUGCCCGAAGUGGGAGUGGUGUGGGCUGCCGGAAGGAGAGAGGAAGAGGAGCAGAAGGGGGCAAGCAGCGGCCUCCGCUAACGGCCUCCCUGGGCGCUGAGAGGCUGGGCCGGCUCCCGGCUCGCUCGUCAGUUCGUGCCGCCGCCUCGGCCACUCGGCCCCGGGGCCCGGACUUGCGGCGCGCGUCGGGGCGGAGGGCUGCUAUCGCCGCGCAGGGAGAGGCCCGGUCCUCGCCGCCGAGGGAUGUGAGUGGGAGCAGAGCCCGCACGGGAGGGCCCCUGAGGGCCCAGCCUGGCGGACGCUCGGACCCUUGCCCGCUCCAGGGGCUUCGAAGAUCGUGGCCGGGCGGAGGCGCCGGGUAGGAGCAGUCCCUGCGGCCUCGGGGCGCGUCCUCGUCGCCUGAUCAGUGCAGCGGGUUUCGGAAGCAGGCAAGGCAACAAGAUGUGAUCUGUUUCUCUUCUACAGAAGAGGCCCUUCCUCCCCUUCCCGCGAAGGCAAAUGUUCUGAAAAAAGACUCUGCAUGGGAAUGGCAUGCCUUACAAUGACAGAAAUGGAAGGAACAUCCUCAUCUCCUGUACAUCAGAACGGUGAUAUUCCUGGAAAUGCUAAUUCUGUGAAGCAGAUAGAUCCAGUUCUACAGGUCUAUCUUUAUCAUUCCCUUGGAAAAGCCGAGGGGGAUUAUCUGAAGUUUCCAACUGGGGAGUAUGUUGCAGAAGAGAUUUGUGUUGCUGCUUCUAAAGCUUGUGGAAUCACACCUGUGUAUCAUAGUAUGUUUGCUUUAAUGAAUGAAACAGAAAGGAUCUGGUAUCCACCCAACCACGUCUUCCAUUUAGAUGAAUCAACCAGGCACAAUGUACUCUACAGAGUCAGAUUUUACUUUCCUUACUGGUAUUGUAAUGGCAGCAACAGAACCUAUAGGCAUGGAAUAUCUCGAGGUGCUGAAGCUCCUCUUCUUGAUGACUUUGUCAUGUCUUACCUUUUUGCUCAGUGGCGGCAUGAUUUUUUGCAUGGAUGGAUAAAAGUACCUGUUACUCAUGAAACACAGGAAGAAUGUCUUGGGAUGGCGGUGUUAGAUAUGAUGAGAAUAGCCAAAGAAAAGGAUCAGACCCCCCUGGACAUCUAUAGCUCUGUCAGCUACAAGACAUUUUUACCAAAAUGUGUUCGAGCAAAGAUCCAAGACUAUCAUAUUUUGACAAGGAAGCGAAUAAGGUACAGAUUUCGCAGAUUUAUUGAGCAAUUCAGCCAUUGCAAAGCUACUGCCAGAAACUUGAAACUUAAGUAUCUUAUAAAUCUGGAAACUCUUCAGUCUGCCUUCUACACAGAGCAAUUUGAAGUAAAAGAACCUGGAAGAGGUCCUUCAGGUGAGGAGAUUUUUGCAACCAUUAUAAUAACUGGAAACGGUGGAAUUCAGUGGUCAAGAGGGAAACAUAAAGAAAGUGAGACACUGACAGAACAGGAUUUACAGUUAUAUUGUGAUUUUCCUGAUAUUAUUGAUGUCAGUAUUAAACAAGCAAACCAAGAAGGCUCAAAUGAAAGCAGAAUUAUAACUAUUCAUAAGCAAGAUGGUAAAAGUCUAGAAAUUGAACUUAGGUCAUUAAGAGAAGCUUUGUCUUUUGUGUCAUUAAUUGAUGGAUAUUAUAGGUUAACUGCAGAUGCACAUCAUUAUCUUUGUAAAGAAGUAGCACCUCCAAUGGUGCUUGAAAAUAUACAAAGCAACUGUCAUGGCCCAAUUUCAAUGGAUUUUGCCAUCAGUAAACUGAAGAAAGCCGGUAAUCAGACUGGACUCUAUGUACUUCGAUGCAGUCCUAAGGACUUUAAUAAAUAUUUUCUGACUUUUGCUGUUGAGAGAGAAAACGUCAUUGAAUAUAAGCACUGUUUGAUUACAAAAAAUGAAAAUGGAGAAUACAACCUCAGUGGUACUAAGAAGAACUUCAGUAAUCUUAAAGAUCUUUUGAAUUGCUAUCAGAUGGAAACUGUUCGCUCAGACAGUAUAAUUUUCCAGUUUACUAAAUGCUGUCCCCCAAAGCCAAAAGAUAAAUCAAACCUUCUAGUCUUCAGAACCAAUGGUAUUUCUGAUGUACCAACCUCACCAACAUUACAGAGGCAUAAUAAUGUGAACCAAAUGGUGUUCCACAAAAUCAGAAAUGAAGAUUUGAUAUUUCAUGAAAGCCUUGGCCAAGGAACUUUUACCAAAAUUUUUAAAGGUGUAAGAAGAGAAGUAGGAGACUAUGGUCAACUGCAUGAAACAGAAGUUCUCUUAAAAGUUCUGGAUAAAGCACAUAGAAACUAUUCAGAGUCUUUCUUUGAAGCAGCAAGCAUGAUGAGCCAGCUUUCUCACAAACAUCUGGUUUUAAAUUAUGGAGUAUGUGUCUGUGGAGAGGAGAAUAUUCUGGUUCAGGAGUUUGUAAAAUUUGGAUCACUAGAUAUAUAUCUGAAAAAGAAUAAAAAUUCUAUAAAUAUAUUAUGGAAACUUGAAGUGGCUAAACAGCUGGCAUGGGCCAUGCAUUUUCUAGAAGAAAAAACCCUUAUUCAUGGGAAUGUGUGCACCAAAAAUAUUCUUCUUAUCAGAGAAGAAGACAGGAAGACAGGAAAUCCUCCUUUCAUCAAACUUAGUGAUCCUGGCAUUAGUAUUACAGUUUUGCCAAAGGACAUUCUGCAGGAGAGAAUACCAUGGGUACCACCUGAAUGCAUUGAAAAUCCUAAAAAUCUAAAUCUGGCAACAGACAAAUGGAGUUUUGGUACCACUUUGUGGGAAAUCUGCAGUGGAGGAGAUAAGCCCCUGAGUGCUUUGGAUUCUCAAAGAAAACUACAGUUUUAUGAAAAUAGGCACCAGCUUCCUGCACCAAAGUGGACAGAAUUAGCAAAUCUUAUUAAUAAUUGUAUGGAUUACGAACCAGAUUUUAGACCUUCUUUCAGAGCCAUCAUACGAGAUCUUAAUAGUUUGUUUACUCCAGAUUACGAACUAUUAACAGAAAAUGACAUGUUACCUAAUAUGAGAAUAGGUGCCCUAGGGUUUUCUGGUGCUUUUGAAGACCGAGACCCUACGCAAUUUGAAGAGAGACACUUGAAAUUUCUACAGCAACUUGGCAAGGGUAAUUUUGGGAGUGUGGAGAUGUGCCGGUAUGACCCUCUACAAGACAACACUGGAGAGGUGGUGGCUGUGAAGAAGCUCCAGCACAGUACUGAAGAGCACCUCAGAGACUUUGAAAGGGAAAUUGAAAUCCUUAAAUCAUUGCAACAUGACAACAUUGUAAAGUACAAGGGAGUGUGCUACAGUGCUGGCCGGCGUAAUCUAAGAUUAAUUAUGGAAUAUUUACCAUAUGGAAGUUUACGAGACUAUCUCCAAAAACAUAAAGAACGGAUAGAUCAUAAAAAACUUCUUCAGUACACAUCUCAAAUAUGCAAGGGUAUGGAGUAUCUUGGUACAAAAAGGUAUAUCCACAGGGAUCUGGCAACAAGGAAUAUAUUGGUGGAGAAUGAAAACAGAGUUAAAAUAGGAGAUUUUGGCUUAACUAAAGUGUUGCCACAAGGCAAAGAAUACUACAAAGUGAAAGAACCUGGUGAAAGUCCAAUAUUCUGGUAUGCGCCAGAAUCACUGACAGAGAGCAAGUUUUCUGUGGCCUCAGAUGUUUGGAGCUUUGGAGUGGUUCUGUAUGAACUUUUCACAUAUAUUGAGAAGAGUAAAAGCCCACCAGCGGAAUUUAUGCGUAUGAUUGGCAAUGACAAACAAGGACAGAUGAUUGUGUUUCAUUUGAUAGAACUCCUGAAGAAUAAUGGAAGAUUACCAAGACCAGAUGGAUGCCCAGAUGAGAUGUAUGUAAUCAUGACAGAAUGCUGGAACAAUAAUGUAAACCAACGCCCCUCUUUCAGAGACCUAGCUCUUCGAGUUGAUCAAAUAAGAGACAGCAUGGCUGGAUGAAAGAAAUGAACUUCACUCUGAGACCAAAACAGACUUACAGAACAAAGUGUUGCAUUUCACGUUACUGUGGACUGUUAUUACAUAUAUCAUUAUUAUGUAUAUCAUGACCUUAGCCAGCAAAAGUGUGGAAAUAUCUACUCAGAGCUUUCAAAAGUUUAGUGAGUUUUUCUUCAUGAGGACACCAGCCAAAGACACUGACGAAAAGUCCUUAGCAAAGAGUUUUGUAAAAAGUUUCGUGAACCUAAUCAGUCAGUUAAUAUCACCUUUCUUUGGAAAAAGAAGAAACUUAGACUUUUUUCAACUCAGAAUUAUGAGAUAUGAAAAAAUUGUAAAUGUUAAAUAUGCACAGAAUACGUAUGUACAGUUUUUACCACAGUGAAAUGUAUAAUACCUUGGCAUCUUGUGUGAUGUUUUACACAAGGGCUGGUAUUCAUAAAUAAUGUUUUCUAAUUUUUCCAUAGUUGAUCUAUAAUAACUUCACUGUACAAAUUAAGAUGCUCAGAUAAUUGAAUAAGCACCUUUGUGUCCUUGUUCAUCUAUAUCACUGGCCAGCAAUAUAAGCAGGUGUAUACUUUUAGCUUGUUGUUCUAUGUACUGUAAAUAUCUUCCAAAGCAAAGGGAACAAAUGUUUAGUUUUAUUUGUAUAGGGAAUUUCCCUGACUCUAAAGAAUACAUUUUGAAAUGGAACAAGUUUACAAAGAUAUAACACAAUCUAUUUUCUUAUUUCUCUCCCUUGUAUCUGUUUGUGGUGAGUAUGUUUUUUAAAUAGAACUAUCUCCAGGUUUUUCUAAGACUACAGUGAACAGUUUUCUUUUAAAAUUUUGAGAUGACGAAUGCCAGGAAUAUUGUCAUCCCUUGAGCUACUGGCUGCCAAUAAGACUCUUCAAUCCCUGGGACCUAUACUCAUGGAUUAAAUUUAAGUGUAAGCCAUAAAAUAGAUUGUUUUUCAUAUAUAUAAGCCUAUUAAAAUGCACAGUGGGUUAGGAAUUUUUUUCUAAAGAAUGUAUAUUUUAGGGAUUUCAGAAAUCUAUUGCCGUUAUAAAAGAGAUUUUCUUUUGUUAGAUUCUUACAAGGGAGAAAUGAGUAAAUUGGUAAAAUUAAAAAAAAGUAUGCUUGUUAAUUUUAUUCAAGAAUGCCAGUAGAAAAUUCAUAAUGUCUUGAAGAAAAAUCAGCAUUUUUCAACUAAGUAUACAGGGUCGUUUGUUACUGUUGUCGUUUGUUUUAGUGCUACUCCAUUUUAGACACCAUACCUAAAAUAUGGUGGGGUUUUUUGUCUGCGUGUUAUUUAUACAAAGUUUAAAAUACUUGGCAUUUUGGUUAAAAAGAAAAUAGUUUCUUUAUUUUCAAUGCUAUAUUUUUUUUUUUAACUUAAGACUUUUGAUUACCUUUCUAUUUUUUGGAGCUGGUUUUAAAAUGAAUAUUAUAUAAGAAAAAAAUGCCUCACAUAUAAAGGUUUUUUGUUGGAAGGAAAGGGAAGAAAUGCUUUUUAUGCUAUCUUUAAAGCAUUUUACCAAAUAGAAGUUACCAAAUGCACAAAUCAUCUAAAAUGAUAAUAUAUUAGAUUUUAAAAGAUUUCUAGUAAACAUAUUUUGAUGAAAGUUGAAUAUAAUUUUUGUUUAAUUUGUAAAGACUCCUCCAGGAUAUCUGUGUAUGUAAUGCAUUUAAGAGAUCUUCUGUUCUGCUACUUUUCAUGUCAAAAGUAGUAUAUCAUAUAAUAUGUUUGAUUGCAGAUUUUUGUACUAAAACUUAAGUACCUAAAAGUAGAUUCUUAAAGGUUGGUAACAUUUUGUUUAUAAAAACAAGGAUGUUAACUAGGUUUCUUUUUAAAAAGUUUUUCUUUUAAUGUUUCCAUUUUUAGUUUUAGGAGAAAAAUCCCACAUAAACAUCUUAAGUUUUUAGAAUGGGAUGACUGCCUUAUUGUAAAAUUCUAAGUUUUCAAGAAAAUUAUUAUUUAUUGAGGGUUUGUGAUGUUUUAAAUUUUGAUUCUGACCAUACAUAAAAGGAAAUUAACCAUGCAGCUGUUUAGUUGGUUCUGCACAAGACACAGGUAAGUCAGUAUUGUACCAGUUAAUGCCAAAAUGUUUCUUCAAAGUAAUACUCUUCAGAAAUGAGGGUAAAGAUUUUCUUAAAAUUCUGCAAUUCUGUAAAUAUUCCAGUAUUUUAAGUUACACAGUCUUUAUAUAAAUAAUUCCCUGUAUCCAUGGCUACCUGCUUUGGGAAAUAGUCACUUUUCCAUGUUAUUUAUAUAUGCUGCCAGUAGCACUAUAAUUUGCUAUGGAAGAGUGCUUUCUUACAACCCAAGACUUCUGCUUUAAAGUCAAGUGAAAUUUUUAUCAAAACCAUAACUCCUGAUAUUUAAAUUUUAUUUAAAGAGUUUUGUUAUAGAGUAGACUUUAGAAAAUACCUAUAGUUCUAUACCUGGGGAGCCAUUCUCUUUGGGGUGGCAUGAUGUGGUCAGAUUGAGACUGUAUUAUUUUCUUCAUUGUGCCUUUCGCAUGCUCCCACAAAACUGAAAUACUCAUGUAAUAAAUAUUCAGAAGUUAUUUUCUUUUGUAUUGUCACCUAACCAAGGAACUGCAGGUACACACACUGAUUUUAGGGGUGUGCAGAGAAAGACUUUUAUAAAGUAAACUUACCUUUCAGUUUAAAAGAAAUGCUUCCUAAGAGUGCUAUCAACUACUUCGUGCUGUUUAUGAACACUGCUAUAUCCACCCUAGGUCUGGUAUGUAAAUUAUUUCUAAUGAAAGUUUCUCUAAUUUUCCAGUACAACUUACUAAAGAUCUUUAAUCUCCUAUAUAAGAAUAAAUAAUAACAGUAAGUCAGCAGAAUUAUCCAAACAAAAGACUGGGUUAUAUGAGAUAAUCUUCAUUUUAUUUAAGAAAAAAAAAGUAUAAAUAUCAGAAAAUACUUUAUAUUGACACCCUGAUUUGGGUUGGUUGUACUUAAUUUCAAGAUAACUAGCUGCUGUUUUACGAUACUGACAGUAACAUGAGAGAUUUCAGAAUGACAGUGAGAGAAUUUUUAAACUUUCACAUUAAUCAAAUUCAUAUAAUAUGCAUAUCACAUUACCUAAAUAUUAAAAUUACCAAUUUUGUUUUACUUUAUUACAGUAUGUUCUUCAUAGGUUAAGAAAUUAACUUCUACUGUGCUUAUGCUAGAUGGCAUUGUUUAGGUGCAGGCCCUAAAUAUUGUUCUUUUCCAGUCUUACAAAUUUAUAAGGAAAAUCCUUAUUUCCAACUGAAACACCAAUCGUUAUUAAUAUGCUUUUACAAGUUUUUAAUUAUCAUUUUCCAUUAUAAGGCCUUUCUUUGCAUAGCAAAUUGCUUAACAUCUUAUUUUGAACUGGAACAGAUUUAUAAAAUGAGAUCAUUAAGAGAGCUUCUAGGAGUCCCUGUUCCAGUUAUCCAUAUUCUUAGUUUUUGUGAAAAUGUGUUACGUUUUUAAUAACUGUACUAGGAAGCACUCCUAUAGAUGCUAUUUAUUGGGGUCAAGCAAGUCAACUUUGAGCAGUGUGAACACACAGUAGCAUAGCUUUUAAGUCUGACAACAGGUAAAUAGUGUUGAUAAACAGAACAAGGUGGUAAGGAAAAGGCAUAUAGCAGGAUUUUAUAGAGACAGCAGGCAGCUGGAAAGGCAACUUACCAGUUGCAGAUGCUAAGCAGAACAAGUACACUAAAAACACAAAUGAAAGUAUGCAACAGAAAGGUUUGUUCAUCAAUUAUCCUUUCAAGAACAUAGUUGAAAAUGUUUAGGUGCUUUUCACAUGCAAAAAAGAUAAGUAUUUUUAAUGAAAAAGUUUAGGGUGUUUCAAAUGCUUGGAAUAUAUGUGAAUCUCAGAGCAUGAAUUUUCUAGUAGCAUGGAGUAUAAGCUUGUGAGUUGCAAUUUAUUUACUGAAACUAAAAACGUUAGAGAUUAAGUCAUGGACACUAAAGAAAAUGGAAAUAAAAUGAGAAAGAUAAACCUACACUUAAUUAUGAAAAUAUCUACUUGAAAUUUUUUUCAACUUCAACAACUUGAAAUACACAUAUGAUACUUUCUUCUUCUGCAAUAAUAGUUUUGUUGAAGGUUGCUGUAAUGAACCUUUAUAACUAUCCCAAAUUUUAAGUAUAUAAGAACAAAAUUUAUUUUAUGUCCUUAGUAACAUUAGGAUGUUGGAUUAAUUUUGGUUGGAAAGGAAUGAAAAAGUUGUUUGCAGAAUCAGAGACUUCUUCUUGAUUCUUAAGAGCAAAUAACUGAAUUCUCCAACAGUACUGAUUAAAAUACUUUUAGGGCUUCCCUGGUGGCGCAGUGGUUGAGAGUCCACCUGCCGAUGCAGGGGACACGGGUUCGUGCCCCGGUGUGGGAGGAUCCCAAAUGCCGGGAAGCGGCUGGGCCCGUGAGCCAUGGCCGCUGAGCCUGCGCGUCCGGAGCCUGUGCUCUGCAACGGGAGAGGCCACAACAGUGAGAGGCCCGCGUACCACAAAAAAAAAAAAAAAAAAAAAAAAAAAAUACUUUUAAUCUGCAUAACCAAGGUAGCCUAAGCCCUUGAGUGCAAGCUGCAGGUAGAGCAGACCUAAAUGACAAAUUUGAAGUAGUUUGUGUCAAAUGAUAGCACUUAUUGUCUACUCACAAAGCAUUUUAAAAACAAAAUAAUAGUCACUGUUUCCCACAAAUUCUGCCAGAAUAUUGUUUCUUUUCUUCUUUCUUUCUUUUAAAAAGUGUUUUAAAUCCUUGUUUCUAUCAGUAAUUUGAGGAUAGCAUGAAUCCCAUGGUACCACUUCUUUUCCUUCCUGUUACUAGUUUUGUAACAUUAUAAUGCAGCUUACUGAAUAGGAAUUCUUGAUAAUAUAGUAAAGGUAUUGGUGACCAAAAAAAAAAAUUGAAACAAAGUCUUACCUCUUUAUUGAAGGACUCUGAGAAAUGUUGAAGUUGAAUUCUAAAACUCUGAGUAUACCAUUAUAAUGGUUUAAGGUGGCCCAGUUUACUUCCAAAGCUACUAUUACAGAGGAAGAAAUUACCAAAAAUUGAGACUAACAUAGAGGACAAUCUUUUUCCUAAAAAUGACUUGGAAAUCUGAGACCUAAGGAACAAUGAGUGUGGUGGUAGGAAAAGGGAAUUUCUAAAUUUCUGUCAGAUCUCAGAUUAAACUCACAUUUAAUGGGAAUUUUUUUCUAACAUCUUGAAUUUCUCUUAUUUUAAGAUUACUAUGAUAAAUGUAGAAGGUUAGAGUAUGGAUAGCUCAGUCAAAUGCCAACUACUAUGGGUCUAGUAAUUAUCUAGGUCAUUUUCUUAUAGUUGCUCCAACGUGGCCACUUAAGGGUCAGAUUCUUAGUAGAGUCAUUUUUCUUUUCUAAACUUAAAAAAAAAAAGAAAAAAAGACCGUAUCCACAUUGUAUACCACUUCAGACCUUCCUACAUAUGCACGCACUCACCAAUGCUGACAAAUGCAAGCUCCCUACGACUUUCAAGUUGCAUCAGAUAAUUCAUGUUAAUGGUUGUAGUAAUGAAGCCAUCACCUCUUGAUAAAAUCCUAAAUCCCAUUCACAUAUUGAGAAUAAAGGAGAGUAGAUAGUGCAGUUGUGGAUAUAGACAAAGGAAUCCUGGGUAAUCUUAUGGGAGGGUUAAUCCUGAAGGUAUUUCACCUUAGAAUUCCCUGUUAAGUAAACAUUCAGAGAAAACCAAGAGAUUUAAACUUUCAGUUCUGCUGCAGCUUUGAGGAUAUGAGCCCUAAUCAUGGUGUUUUCAGGGAAUCUAGUUUGGUGUGGCCCCAAAUGAUCUCAAAUAUAAAGGAUCCAUAGAAAGGAUAUCUUGGGCCUGGGCCUAAUAUGAGAGUUGGGGUUUCAUGUGUUACUUCUCUUUAGAGCAUGCUUUUUCAACAGAGGUGAUAUCAACUCUCGGGGUGAGCACUGAUGAAAAACCUCAUUCUUUUUAUGUAUAAAGCACAGAAAUACAUAAAGUACAUAAAUAGGUAUGGAAUGAUAUGAAAAUUUCAUGGUGAAAGAGAUUAGGAGAAAAUGUCUAAAACCUUCUCCCAAGGAUGGGGGAUAAUGCAAAGAAAGUAGAGAAACACUGCUCUGAAGUGUACUCAUGUGGACCUGGGCCAAACCAGCACUACCUCAGAAGUGACUUCAGUAAGAGAGGGAAGAUAUGUCAGUGUGAGGACACUGAGAGUAUUAGAUCUUUUUGUUUUUAUUUAUUAUUUUUAUUUAUUUUAUUUUUUUUGGCUGUGUUGGGUUUUCAUUGCUGCAUGCGGGCUUUCUCUAGUUGCAGCGAGUGGGGGCUACUCUUCUUUGCAGUGCGCAGGCUCCUCAUUGUGGUGGCUUCUCUUGUUUUGGAGCACAGGCUCUAGAGCUCGUGAGCCACAACUACUGAAUCCUGUGCGCCUAGAGCCCGUGCUCUGCAACAAGAGAAGCCACCGCAAUGAGAAGCCCACACACCACAACAAAGAGUAGCCCCAGCUUUCUGCAACUAGAGAAAAACCCACGCGCAGCAACGAAGACCCAACACAGCCAAAAAUAAAUAAAAUAAUUUUUUUUAAAAAGGAAUUUAUAAAGACCUCUUACAAUUCAUUAAUAAAAAACGGCAAAAGCGUUGUACAAAAACUUCAUAAAAGAAGAUAUAUGAAUGAUCUUUAUAUGAAAAGAAGCUCAACAUCAUUAGUCAUCAGGAAAAUGCAAAUUAAAACCACAGUGAGAUAGCACAACACUCAUACUAGAAUAGCUAAAAUUAAAAAGACUAAGUGUUGUGUUGUAAGUGUUGAUGAGAUGGAGCAACUGUAGCUCACUUUGGAAAACAAUUUGACAAUUUUUUAUGAAGUUAAAUUUAUACUUACCAUAUGCCACAGCACUGCCACUCCUACAUACUUAUCCGAGAGAAAUAAAAUCAUAUGUCCACACUUAAACUUGUACGUGAACAUUCAUAGAAGCUUUAUUCCAAAUACAAUGAAAUGCUAUGAAAAAAUUAAAAGGAACAAAUUACUGGUUCAUGCAACAGCACUGAUGUAUCUCAAAAACCUUAUGCUAAGUGAAAAUUAGGCAGACAUUAGAGUAUGUACUGUAUGACUCCAAUUAUAUUUAAUUCUCCAACAGGAAAGACAUCUAUAGUGAGAGUGGUUACGUGGGCCAGGAUUGACUGCAAACAGGCAAGCCACUACUACUCAUUUGGAGUUUUCAUUGAAGAUAAAACCCAUUUGCUACCAUCCUUCCCCUGAACCAAUUCAAAUCUACUGUCAGGGGUUUUACUUUUCAAGUCCACCCAAGAAAGCAGAAACCACAUCAGGUAUUUUAACAGAAAAUUUAAUAUAUUCAAAAGUUAGACUCAGAGGACUUAAAAGGAAAAAGUCAAACACUAAGGUAACACAAAGAUAAAAAAAAAAUUUAGGAAGCAGUUACCAUGCCUAAACAAAGGAAAUAAAUUUAGGUUAUCGCAACCUAAAAGCUUGGCAAACGGGCACUCAUGGAGCUCUGAGGAAAACGUUCUGCCAAGCUGGUGCUUGUACCAGGAGCUUGGUGUAAGGUACCCACAGAGAUGGGACUCAGACCUUUGAGAAAGGGUCACCAGUCAGCUGGUGUUGGUAUCUCUGAGGGAAGUUGAUAAAGCUGUUAUGGAAGUUAAGGAUAAAACAAAACACACUGCCACUAUCAGUGUGCAGAAAUGCACUGGGUAAUGCCAAAAGACUAGCACCCCACUGGGAGAACCUAACAGGAAGCCAGCUAGUAAAGGAAAAGCAUGGUUUACAGAAUCCAAGUCCCAGCUUCACAAAGCAGAGUUAAGAAUAGAAAAUUUGGGGCUGAGAGUCAACACAUUAUUAACCAACACAGAUGCCAAACAAAACAAAGCAGAGGCCAAAUAAAUGAACUCCAAACAAAUAUGGAUAAUUUCUGCUCAUGAUCUUAUAGACAUCAGGAAUGCUGAACAAGAUGCUAGAAUUAAAAUCUUCAUCCAGCUCUACCACUAACUAGCAAGUAACUUAACAAGAAGGAGCCUCAACAAGCUGCAUAAUAUCAAGGUACCCCAGCUUUCAUUCAUUUUUUUUUAAAUUCAGGAUUGCUCUAAGGAGUCCAUAAGCAAUAUAUGAGUGUUCUAUCCAAAUGCACAAAAUCACCGUUAGCACAAUUAUAAAUAUUAAAAGAUAGGCAUAAAGUCAAGAAGCAAAUUAAAUACACCCUAACAUAAUUAU